GCGGCAGCGAUGGCGGCCACUGGAGCAGGUCCCGGCCCUGGAGCGGGCGCCGGCCCUGGCCCGGGAGCCUCUGCAAGUGCCCCAACGGCAGAAGAGGGAGAGACGGAGCCGGUGGCCGCCGCCGGGGCUGGAGAGGGGCCGUCUGCGGCCCCGGGCGCGGAGCCCAGCUCCGGAGAGGCUGAAAGUGGGGAUGCAAACUUGGUUGAUGUAAGUGGCCUGGAGACAGAAUCUUCUAAUGGAAAAGAUACUCUAGAGGGCGCUGGGGAUACUUCAGAAGCCAUGGACACCCAGGGGGGCUCUGUGGAUGAAGAGAAUGGUCGACAGCUGGGAGAAGUUGAGCUGCAGUGUGGAAUAUGUACAAAAUGGUUCACAGCUGACACCUUUGGAAUAGACACUUCAUCCUGUCUACCCUUUAUGACCAACUACAGUUUCCAUUGCAAUGUGUGCCAUCACAGUGGGAAUACCUACUUUCUUCGGAAGCAAGCAAAUUUAAAAGAAAUGUGCCUUAGUGCUUUGGCGAACCUAACCUGGCAGUCUCGAACACAGGAUGAACAUCCAAAAACCAUGUUCUCCAAAGAUAAGGAUAUUAUACCAUUUAUUGAUAAAUACUGGGAGUGUAUGACAACUAGACAGAGACCUGGAAAAAUGACUUGGCCCAAUAAUAUUGUCAAAACAAUGAGUAAGGAAAGAGAUGUGUUCUUGGUAAAGGAACAUCCUGAUCCAGGAAGCAAAGACCCAGAAGAAGAUUACCCCAAAUUUGGACUAUUGGAUCAGGAUCUUAGUAACAUUGGUCCUGCUUAUGACAACCAAAAACAAAGCAGUGCAGUGUCUUCUAGUGGGAACCUGAAUGGUGGAGCCACUUUGGGAGGGGGAAUCGCAGCAGGAAGCAGUGGGAAAGGAAGAGGAGCCAAGCGUAAACAGCAAGAUGGAGGGACAACAGGGACCACCAAGAAGGCCCGAAGUGACCCUUUGUUUUCUGCUCAGCGUCUUCCUCCUCAUGGCUACCCUUUGGAACAUCCAUUCAACAAAGAUGGCUACCGAUAUAUUCUAGCUGAGCCUGAUCCUCAUGCCCCUGACCCAGAGAAGCUUGAACUUGACUGCUGGGCGGGAAAACCUAUUCCUGGAGACCUCUACAGAGCCUGCUUAUAUGAACGAGUCUUGUUAGCCCUACACGAUCGAGCUCCCCAGUUAAAGAUCUCUGAUGACCGGCUGACUGUGGUUGGAGAGAAGGGCUACUCCAUGGUACGGGCUUCUCAUGGGGUACGGAAAGGCGCCUGGUACUUUGAAAUCACUGUGGAUGAGAUGCCACCAGAUACUGCUGCCAGGCUGGGCUGGUCCCAGCCCUUAGGUAACCUUCAAGCUCCUUUAGGUUAUGAUAAAUUUAGUUAUUCUUGGCGGAGCAAAAAAGGAACCAAGUUCCACCAGUCUAUUGGCAAACACUACUCGUCUGGCUAUGGACAAGGAGAUGUCCUAGGGUUUUAUAUCAAUCUUCCCGAAGACACAGAGACAGCCAAGUCAUUGCCAGAUACUUACAAAGACAAGGCUUUGAUAAAGUUCAAGAGUUAUUUGUAUUUUGAAGAAAAAGACUUUGUGGACAAAGCAGAGAAGAGCCUAAAACAGACUCCCCAUAGUGAGAUAAUAUUUUAUAAGAAUGGUGUCAAUCAAGGUGUGGCUUACAAAGAUAUUUUUGAGGGAGUUUACUUUCCAGCCAUCUCACUGUACAAGAGCUGCACGGUUUCCAUUAACUUUGGACCAUCCUUCAAGUAUCCUCCAAAGGAUCUCACUUACCACCCUAUGAGCGACAUGGGCUGGGGUGCUGUGGUAGAGCACACACUAGCUGACGUUUUGUAUCACGUGGAGACAGAGGUGGACGGGAGGCGCAGUCCACCCUGGGAGCCCUAGCCAGCCCUUGCUUCAGACGGCUUUGUGGAAUAAGCUUGGGGUUUUUGCUUUUGUUUCUAUAAAGUGUCAAAUAUUUUCCCAAAGAUGAUCAAGGUACAGGAGGCUGGAGGACUGCAGCAGACUCCCCUCCAGCACUCCCACCCCUCUUCAGCUCUUACCGCGAGUGCCAUCUGCCCCCUGUAAGACCGGUGCUCUGCCACAUGCCUGCUGUCUCAUCACCUGCCUGUGUUUUCUACAAAGGGAAUAAUCAUGCCCAAGCAGAUUGCUUAUUUAAAGAUGGUCGCACCCCUGCUGGUUCCUGGGGAGGCAAGCUUGUUUCUGAGAGUGGCCGAAAUCAGUGGCAGUACAUUGCAAAGCAGUCUAAUGGCAGUCUUUUUGGUGUGGAGUUUGGGGAUCUGUAUAGCUAGUGGAUUUCUACAAACUAUAAUUGUGAAAGGAAUUUGCCUGCAAGUUAAACAGAGAUCUUUUCUCUAAUUAAACUUGUUUUCAAACGAG